AUGAAGAUCGAAAUAGAGGAGAAGUGGGAAGUCAAGAAUGCGAGGUCCUCCGACUCCACUCUCAAAACCAUGUCUACGGAGAAGACAGGAGAUCAAGUACUGGUGGAAGGGAAGUUGGAUUGGAGAGGAAAGCCAGUCAGAAAAGGAGAACAUGGGGGAGUCGGCUCAUCCUUGCUCAUACUGGCCGCCUUCAUGUUUGAGAGCGUGGCCACCCUCGCACUAGCAGCCAAUCUCAUUACCUACUUCACGGAAGUCAUGCAUUUGGAUAUAGCCGUUGCUUCCAAUGCUCUAACCAACUACAUGGGCACCAGCUACAUCGUCUCAGUUGCUAUAGCAGUCUUUGCAGAUAUAUUUAUUGGAAGAUACAAAUCUGUUAUCAUAUCAGCCAGUAUUGAGCUCGUGGGACUUCUGUUGUUAACUCUGCAAGCUCACUUCCCAAGCCUCAAGCCACCUCUCUGCAACCUCUUCGACCCUACCGGCCAUUGUCUGAAAGUUGAUGGUGCUAAUGCUGUGCUCCUGUUCAUCUCUCUAUACCUUGUAGCCAUUGGGUCGGCUGGGAUCAAGGCCAGCCUGCCAGUUCACUGCGCCGAUCAAUUCGACGAGAAGGACCCUCAAGAGGCCCGUCAAAUGUCGAGCUUCUUCAACUGGCUCUUGCUGAGCAUCUGUCUCGGAGGGGCCAUCAGCUUGACCUUGGUGGUCUGGGUUCAGAACGAGAAAGGGUGGGACCGGGGAUUUGGGAUUUCCACAGUUGCCUUGCUGUCAGCACUGGUAGUCUUCCUUGCUGGUGUCCCAAAGUAUCGGAUAGCCAUCAUUCAAGGAACUAAUGCACUUCUCGAAAUUAUUCAGGUUUACGUGGCAGCGUUCAGGAACAGGAAUCUUGACCUCCCUGAAGAUCCUUCGGAGCUUUAUGAAAUCGAUGGAACGAAAGAGUCGCUUGAAGAAGUAGAAUUCCUGCCUCACAGAGAUAAAUUCAGGUUCUUGGAUAAAGCGGCAAUCCGAACUUCCACCACCAUUCGCAGCUCUUCACCCAGCCCAUGGAAGCUAUGCCGAGUCACCCAGGUGGAGAACGCCAAGACCAUCCUUGGGAUGAUCCCCAUCUUCUGCAGCGCCAUCAUCAUGAGCACCUGCCUGGCUCAGCUCCAGACCUUCUCCAUCCAGCAGGGCUCCACCAUGGACACCCGCGUCACCAGCAAAUUCCACAUCCCCCCUGCGAGCCUCCCCAUCAUCCCCCUCACCUUCAUGAUCAUCAUGAUCCCAGUCUACGACCGCCUCUUCGUCCCCUUCGCCCGGAGGAUUACCGGGCACACCACCGGCAUCACCCACUUCCAACGCAUCGGUGUCGGGCUCGUGCUUUCAUGCAUAUCCAUGGCCACGGCCGCAGUCGUCGAGGUGAAGCGCAAGAAUGCCGCAAAGAGCCAUGGGAUGCUCGACGCCCUCCCCGUGCUGCAGCCGCUGCCGAUCAGCGUCUUCUGGCUCUCCUUCCAGUACUUCAUUUUCGGCAUUGCCGACAUGUUUACUUCCGUCGGACUGCUCGAGUUCUUCUACUCGGAGGCACCCAUGGCUUUGAAGUCGAUCUCAACCUCCUUCCUUUGGUGUUCGAUGUCGCUUGGGUACUUUCUGAGCACCAUAUUGGUUGAACUGGUGAACGCCGCCACCAAAAAUCGCACAAAGAGCAGAGGGUGGCUGGCUGGAAAUAAUCUCAACAGGAAUCAUGUGAACCUCUUCUAUUGGUUGCUCUGCAUCCUUAGCUUCAUCAACUUCUUGAACUACUUGUUUUGGGCCAAGUGGUACAAGUACAGGCCACAGGUUCCCCGUGACACAGCCGAGAAUGGGAAGGUGGAAGCACUGUAAUACCUUUUGGUUUGAUUUUUCUCUGUUUUCAGUUGCUCCUUUUUUUAUUGAGAAAGACUAAUUUGCUCAU